AUGCAUGGCCUAGGCUCGGAGAGCCCAAAUUUUGGCCUCCCACGGCACAACUUUUGCGCUCUGACGGGUGACCCUGCAGCUGCUCAUGCAAGGUGCAAAUCUCAUGGACCGAUGACAGCAGUGAAGGGCAGCUUGGCGGCAAAUAGCGGUCAGGCCGGCAACAUACACCAAGAAUCCAUAAUCCCAGGCAGGGUCAGCUGCCUGGGAUAUUUGUUUGAGGUCGGCGGGUUAUCGUCGGACCACCCCCAUCCCGCCAGGUGGACAUGGGUCAACGCCCCGACCACGCCGACCCCCUGGCUGCAAAGCUGCCAAUUUGACGUCGGCAGACAGGAAGGUUUGGCUGGGUCGGCGGAGGUCGGGUUGUCCGUCAAGACUCCGGGCGGGUUGCCGUCGACAUGCUCCCGUGGUGUACCUUAUCCUGUUGUUGCACAGCACACCACAAUGUGUUGCGGAGCGGAGAAGUGCAAGAAAUCUCCUAGGGCGCGCCUUACUUUCCACAACGUCCAUCAAGCUCCGGUGCCCUGGGUUCAUAUCUUUCCAAAGAUCUUUCCUGGCCAACCAGGCCAGCCGAGCAGACUACCCCAAGUUGCAGGGUGUGCUCAUUCCCUCAUGCUCAGUAAAAUAGCCUUGCCUGUGUAA